AUGCCUCUGAUAGAUGUAAGAACCUUGCAAAGUAAGGGACUUGUCAAUCACAUCACAAAGAAGGACAGAAAACUCUUCCCCACCUGGGACCAAGUUGGCAAUUUGUCCGGCUCAAGGGCACAGAGAAAACUACACAUGAUGGUGUGCUUGCUGCUGGUGGUACUGUAUGAGAAGUUCGCCUUCUCUGGCAUUGUCUGCAGCAGCAUCCUUUUCUGCACCAUCAAGCUCAACUACCUCAAUUACCAAGCAGCCAUAGUUAACCUGGGGUUUGUGGCCUGCAUGGUGAUGCCUGUCCUGAUGAACUGGCUUGCAGAGUGCCUGAUGCCUAUGGGAUAUUAUCUCCAGACAAUGAAUCUGAAUUUGAAUGGAUUUCUCUUUCCAGUUACGGCCAUGAAUGUGAUAAGCAUUCUGCCGUUUUUGAUUCGAGGUCCUAUUUUGGAGUGCCUCAAUGGGUGUUUCUUUAAUGCCAAAAGUAGUUGAUGGUUUCCUACAGAGUAUAUUGUUGUAGGUUGCAUGUCUGCUGCCCUGGCCAUGAUAGCAGCUGGGUUUCUUGAGGUACACAGGAAACAUUUCCCUAAGGUGGAACAAACACUUUCGGGCAAAAUCUUCCUGGAUUCCUCCAUGCCGUACCUCCAUCUGGCCCCGCGGUACAUCUUGCUCAGCGUGGCAGAAGCACUGGUGACUCCCACCUGUUCUUUAAUUACUUUCUGGUCUGUGCCCGGUGGGAUUUGUGGGAUUGCCAUGAAAGUCUUGACUUUCUUCAGCGGCCCUGGCUGUUUUGUGGGGGCCUUCCCUUGUUCUGGCAGCUUAUGUCUGGUCAUGAGCCCAACAGCUGGCAAGAGGAGGGCAGCAGUGCACCUGCGUGCGAGGAGGGGCCCUGGCCAAGCCCUGCAGCCGCCGCGCACGCCAUGUAGCCAGGGCUUCCAAGCGCCCCCGCUCAGAGAUGGACUGGGGCAGCUGCUGAAGCGGCUGUGCUGCGCCCGCCCACCUGCCCAGGUAGGCAGGAGGCGAGUGGCUGGGGAGCCUACAGGCGUGCUGGAGGAGCAGCCGGCCGGCCGGCGAACCCUGCGCUGGCUGCGGCGGCAGGAGCGAUGCUACCACCUAGGCUGCAGUGAGCCCAGCGAGGAGCCCGGAGCUUCGUCGCGAUCGCAGAUGGACCUUGAGAAGGAGACGCCUUCUCUGCCCCGUUGCCAGAGCGGUCCCGCUUCUCUGCCACCCCGCUUGGCUGCCGACCCGUGCCUUGGUGGAUACCGUGACGCCCUGGGCUUUGGGCCCCCUCCCGUCCCCCUCCCCCAAAACUCCUUAGCUACAGGGCUGUAA